AUGCUGAAACUUUUUGUGAUAACUCUGACAGUUUUACAACUCGGUCAUGCUUUCGAAUGCUACACAUGCAAUACGGAAUUGACUAAAAGUGGACCGUGCAUUGAUAGAAAAACAAUCUGCGAGAAUUCCACAUCCUGCUCAAUGGCAGUAAUGUAUCAUUCGGGUCGUUCGAUUGUCCGUAAAUUCUGCACUCCACCGAACACUCCAAUCUAUCAAUAUCUCAUGAUGAUGCCGGGAGCAAGUAUGUGUCAAAACAUUGAUAUGACUGAAUUGUCACCGCCCGUUCGACAAAGAAGACACGUAGGACCACCAGCAUCUCCAGGAGAACAAGCAUCUCUUCUCUGUGUCUGCACCACCCCAUUGUGUAAUAAGGGAGUCUAUUCGAAGGUUCUGGAGAAUACGAUGCUCAACAAUUUGCCACGUCGUCUGCUCCCACCACUUCCAAAUUAUGAAAAAGAGCCAAAACCAGAACAAAAUAUUGAAUUCGACGAUAAUAUGGCUCAACAAAUGGCUGAUGCUGGGUUCUAA